GCCUGAGGCAGCGCGCACGGGCUGCUGCGCGCUCACUCUCGCGUUUGCAGAGGACAAGAUUCCUGCACACAGCCCCUGUGCUGCCCUGUGAACAGCCUCUCUGCUGAGCAGAGCACCAAGGCAGGAGAACAGUGAGGUGCUGAGGGAAAGGUGCAGGCUCCGGAGUGGAAGGGAUAUGAGUUUCUGGACCUACAAGACUGGCACUGCAUCCUAGGACAGUGGAUGCCUCCUGUGAGAUGACAUCUUGACAUCCUCCUAAGUUCCAUUGCUGAGCUGUGUUGUGGGGGUGUCUUCUCUCUUUCAGUGUGUCACCAGUACUGAUGAAGCCCUCAUUGCUGCUUCUGUCUCACCUCUGCCUGUUCAGCCUCAUGCCUCCCUCAUGGGCAUCAGACUCAGCACAAGGUGCCUCCAGUCUCACUUGUUGGUAUGACUCUCGGGCAGCUCUCUUCUGCGACUGGGACCCGGGCAGGGACCUGGCUGAAGCACCAUGCCAGCUGGAGAUUUUAUCAAAGAAAGGCUUUUGUGACAGCUAUAGCUUUCCAUUGGAGUCACGUCCCUCAUCUGAAAAACCCAAGAAGCACUGCAAGUUACCCAAGGCAGAGCAUAUGACAGGACUGAGGAGAUGCAUCAAAACCUUCAACCAAAAUGUUAAUAAUCAGUGCUUCACCGUUGCAGACAGUCUUAACUUGUCUGUCCAUUGCCACACUGGAGAGAACAAAACCAAAAUACCUGAACAAAUAAAAAACUUCAAACCAUUUGCAAAUAUAAAGCUGAGGCCUCCAGGAGACCUUCAGCUGGUUAACAUAACUGAAAACACCUCCAACCUAACAUGGAGCCUGAAUAUUUCCUCUCACUAUUUGGAUGGGAAGCGGGAGUACCAAGUGCGGUUCCGACACGUGAGUCAGUCCUGGGAGGAGGCUGCAAACUUGCCCAUUGAGCAGGACCAGAUGUGGGCAAAUUUUGAGAGACUCUCACCCAACUCUAAGUAUGAAGCAGCUGUCCGUGCAAGGCCAAGUGCCAGGAGUGACUACAAAGGCGUGUGGAGUGAUUGGAGCAAGCCGGUCCUGUGGAGGACACAUGCUGACCAUAAGGGAGCAUCCCAGCCAGUCCUGCCAGUUCUGAUAGUGAGCACUUUCAUCUUUGUGAUCAUUGGGACCGCCUUCCUCAUUAACUUACGCACCCUGAAAUGGUUUAAGAAGAUCCUGAGGAUUCACAUCCCAGACCCUGAGAAGUUUUUUCCCCCACUUGUUUCUGUUCACGGAGGUGACAUUCAGAAAUGGCUCUCCUCCCCAUUCUCCACAUCUUCCUACUGCGUGAACAGCACAAUCCCAGAGAUCUCCGUGCUCGAGGUGAUGCAGAAGAAUGACCAGGAAUCCCGGUUUCUACUUUCCAAGGGAGCCCUGACUCCUGAUUCUCCCAGAGAAACCAGUGUGCACUCUGGAUCCAGCUGCUUCACCAACCAAGGCUACUUCUUCUUCCACGUUUCCAACUCCUUUGAGGUCGAGCCCUGUCAGGUCUACUUCACCUACGAGCCUUUCAGCCAGGAGGGCAGUGGCAGCAAGGAUGGUGACUGCUACCAGGCUCUCCCCUCCCCAGACCUCUGCACGCUGGCACAGGACAUGAAUGUGCUGCCCAACAACUUCUUUCGCUGUAUCGAGUCAAGCCAGGGCUCCCAAAAGAGCCCCUUCAUGGAAGAGACAGCAGGUGAAGCCCAGCAGGCCAUGGCUGUUCCUGGGGCUCUCCAGUCGAGGGAAGGCACCUCACCAAUGCCGCUUGUGGAGCAGGAUGAGAAGGUGAUGGACAAAGCAGCUUCACAGCCGGCUGGGGCCAUGUGCCAGCUGGACACUGACUUUCCUGACCCGCUGGACCUGCAGGACAGCGACACUGUCAGUGUAACCGAGGGGAGUGGGAAGGGGGGCCCUCCAGCUGACCCCUGCCCACCAGCAGCAAAUGCUGCCUGCUCCCCCUCUCAGCCUGCACAGCCUCCACCUCUAAUGCAAAGACAGGAUGAGGAGCCAUGCAAAACAGCCUUCUCCAGCCAGGUCCCAAACACCGGUGCCUACCUUUCUCUGAGGGACCUCCAAAGCCAGUACAGCCAUUGCUCUGUCUAGGAUCUGCCUGGAGGAGACCCAUAGGUGGGAAAGGCCACCUCUGCAGGGAAGGCUAGAUGGACAGUUUCUCUCCUCAGGACAUGAAUGUAAUUUCAGCAUCAAUCCCAUCAGGACUGCUCGCUAAUGAGGCUGGAGAAACCCAGCCAGCAAGGACUUACCUUCACAAGCAAAUCUGUUCUUCUGUUACUACUGCCUCCGAUGGCAUAGAAACUCCUCACAUUUCUCAAGUGACAUUCAAAACCUCACUAAUUCAUUUUCCCCUUCCCAGCUCCUAGUAGGAGACUGUGCCAGCACUUCCAUGCUCUGCAUUUUGGUGUAAAAUAGCACUCAGCUUUGAGGCUGAGCUGGCAUAUGAUCAGUUUGCCUCAUACUGGCCUAAAAACCUCUGAUGGGACAGAGAAAUGCCUGAAGAUGUGGAUGUUAGAUUUUAUACAGGGGCCAAUAGCACUGCCCAACAGUGCUGGGGUUGAUGAUGAAAUGGAUGAAGGCAUCUCCUCCUGACUGACCAAGGGUGUGAUUUUUUUUCUAUGAUGUCCUUACUUUAAGUUUUAAUCAGAGAUUACAUCCUAAGCUAUUUGGUCCAGCUUUACACUUUAGACUAUAGAGUCUCUAAGGCAGGCUCAGAGCCACAACAGCGUCAGCUGUCUAAGCAGUGCAGUGUAAAAAAGAAAUCCCCAUUAUUGAGUUAAAAAUACUGGGGAAAUCCCCUCCCUCUCUUUCCUCCACCUCUGAUGGUGGCAGUAAAAAGAACUCACACAGUUUCCCAUUCUUGCUACAAUAUUUUUCAUGAAAUCGAAAGCCUUUCUGCCCUGCUGGCAAACUAGAGUUAUUUGACUAUGAUAAGCUGAUUGCAGAAUAGUUCAUCCCACAUCCUGUAUAAGUGGAAAACAUCACAGCAGUGCUGCCCAUUCCUUCCACUGCUGAAGGGAAACCAUUGCCUAAUUAGCAGCAAAGAUGUGGUGAAUGAGCCCAGAAAACUAACCCACGAAUCAGCACCUUUACUGAAAAGAAAACCUCAAUCCAUUUGCAAAGAAUGGGGAUAGCAUAGACUUCGGCUUUCUUCUUCUUCUACAUGCCCUGAUCUGGCUUAGAAAAAGCCACAGAAGAAAAGUGGUAAGUCAAAGGAAGAUCCCUGCAUUCACCAUUUGUACCAUCUGUCCAUUUUCUUGCCAUAUUUUUGGACUUUUUGGCAGUCGGAAAAUACCAGCCAUGUGCUAAGAGUUCUUCUUAUCUCUUAAAAACUCUUCUAAGAGAAUUUAUACCAAAAAUUUCAAGGAUAUUGAACUUAUUAAUGCUUCUGUCACAGCUGUGAGUGUCAGCUAGAGCUAAUUCUUUCCUAUCUCUGUCUGGCCAAGCUUUGAGAUUCCUGCUCCUACACUGUUACCUGGCAUUGCACUAUGCAUCCUGAAUGUCAUUAUGAGUCCCAAGUGCAGGGUCACCCACUGACUUGGAUUUCACCUGAAAAGGGCUGUUCAGAGGAGUUGAGCCUACUUGUUAAUUGGAGGGCUUUGGGAACUAUUCCUCUCCUCUCAUCAGUUCCUUCACCAUCUGUCUCAAGACACGGACUGCUCCAUUGUAUCCAGGAGAAAACAGGAGACACAGCUUCCCAGAUAGGGAAGCACAAGGCUUUCCCAGCUGUUUCCUGUACUUUGAGAAUCUUCCCAGAUGGACUUUGAAAAUCUUCCCAGAGACACUGACUCCCUUGACUCUGAUGGGCAGUUUGCUAUCCUGCACGGGCCAAGGAUCCAAGCUGCACUGUGCCCAUGUAGACUUUCUUAAGCUUUUCUAUUUUCCUCCAUAGAAUUAAGGUUGGAAAAAACCUUCAAGAUUAUCUAGUCCAAAUUUUAACUGAAUACUGCCAUGCCCACUAAACUGUAUUGCAAAGUGCCACAUCUACUUGUUUUCCAAACACUUCCAAAGAUGGUGACUCCACCACUUUCCUGGAGAGCCUAUUCCAAUGUUUAACCACUCUUUCUGUGAAGAAAUUUUUCCUGAUAUCCAGCUUGAACUUCCCCUGGUGCAAUCUGGAGUAUUUUCCUCUUGAUUUAUCACUUGUUAUCUGGAAGAAGAGAUUGACCUCUACCUUGCCACAACUUCCUCUCAGAGAGUUGUAGAGAGCAAUAAGGUUACCCUUGAGCCUUCUUUUCUCCAGGCUAAACAGCCCCAACAGCAGCUUGUG